CAUUUCAAGGGGGGGCAGUGAACGAAGGUUGCCCUAAACUGCAGCGGGAUUCUCUGCUAGAUUUCGGGUUGGAGGGUGUAGCCGAGGAGAGAAGGUUUUCCUUGCCCCCAGUGGGACAAAUUCUGAAAUCUGGGAUCCUCUUCCCCCAUUCGAGGAGAUAGUACUUGCACUAGUAUCAAGGAGGAGGAGAAGUGAUUUCUGAGCAGGAAUUCCCUUAGCACCCGAAAGAUGAUUGCAGCCACAGGAAGAUCCUCAGCUGUGAAGCCAUCACAGACAUGGUGAUCCCGAGACCUGUUAGCUGCCUGCGAUGGCUUUAAGGGGACUGUGGAUCAUCAGCCAUGAACAAGGGGCACAGGGCACCGUGCUGUUUUCCAGGCGUUACCCUACAGUGGAAAAGCGAGCGAAAUCCUUCAAUGGAUCAAGUUACGUGCCCGUGCCAGAAGACGGCCCUUUCCUGAAAGCGUUACUUUUUGAACUGAGGCUGACUGACGGAGACCAAAGCUUUGUAGAGCGUCGGGAUGGCUGUUCCCGAAUCAACAAGACUUCUGUCUAUGCGCUGCAGGCCGAGAGGGGAGACCUCUGGCCUGUGGUGGCUUUCCAGAAGAGCGGGUUGGUCUACGUUGGCCUGCCUUUGGUUGAGCAAUCUGUAACGCCACCCCCACCCCUCUUCAGUAUCAGUGGGAUCUCUCAGACCUUUGACCUCCUGUCCAGGCUGCUGGCUUUCAUGAGCUCCGGUCAGAAGAGCGAAGGGGAGAGGAACACCAAAAUCAGCCACCUCCCAAGCUUGCUCAUGCAGGCCUGUCCGCUCGGCACCCCGCUAGAUACAAACCUGAACGGCUGGGAAAAUAAUCACGUCGCCCCAAGUAGCCACCCUCCGAAGCCGCCAGCUUGGAGAACCAGCACAUACAAGGGAAAGCCCCAAGUUAAUGUCUGUAUCACUGAAAAAGUCAAGUCUGUCCAGUAUGACAAAAGGGAUGUGGUGGACAUGUGGCAGGUUUAUGGAACUGUAACUUGCAAGUGUGACAUAGAAGGAGCUGCUCCCAACGUGACGUUCGGCCUGAACCUCCCUGCCAACGGCUCUCCCCUCCAGGAUAUUUUGGUCCACCCUUGCGUCUCUUCCCUCGAUUCUGCCAUCCUGACCUCCAGCAGCGUUGGCAUAAUGGACGACUCGGCUUUCAGCGGACCUUACAAAUUCCCUUUAAUACCUCCUCCAGACCUUUUCAAUCUGUGCUUUUAUACUUCCCAGGUGCCUGUUCCUCCUAUUUUGGGAUUUUACCAGCUGAAAGAAGAAGAUUCACAAUGGAAGUUUACCAUUCACCUUAAGCUUCAUGAGAGUGUAAAAAAUUCUUUUGAAUACUGCGAAGCCCGUAUUCCCUUUUUCAACAGGGGGCCCAUUACACACUUGGAAUACAAAGUCAGCUAUGGCCAACUUGAGAUACUGAAAGAGAAAAGCCUGCUGGUUUGGGUCAUAGGACAAAAAUUUCCCAAAUCGUUGGACAUUUCCCUGACCGGGACGGUCGCUUUUGGUCCCGUGAACCCAGAGCAGCCAGUUGAACCUGUGUGUAGCGGCAGCACUGCCUAUGUCAAACUUUAUUUUAGAAUCCUGGAUUUCACGCUUACUGGCUGUUACACCGAGCAGCAUUCCAUCCAGGUCUUUUCAUCAGGAAAACCAAAGAUCAGUACAGCUCGAGAAGUGCUUUCUUCUGAUUACUACAUCUGGAAUUCCAAAGCCCCAGCACCUGUUGUGUACAGAACCUUACUUUUCUAAUUUCCCCUUCAGUUUUGUACUAUAAAUGAAAAGUAAAUUUACUGAAAUAU